UUUAAACACAAAGUAUUGUAAUAUAAUUUUAUAUUAUUUGGAUUUAAAUAAAUUAACGAUGGAAAACAAAAUUUUACCAAUAAUUUACGUCUUGGUAACUAUUUUUAUUAAAUAUGGUGUUUUACACAAUACAAACAAUGAACUACAGGAAUUAAUUAAUUUAAAUAAAAAUUAUGCAGUAUCUAUGUUUUAUGACUGUUUGGAGGAUGAUAAGCCAUACAAAAAUUCUAUUUAUAAUGAUACAGCACAGGAAAUAAAACAUGAAUUAGAUAUUUUAAUACUUCAUUUUUGUGUUAAAAUAUUAGAUGAACAUUUUGAUCUUCAAAAAGAAAAAGAAAAUAUAGGAAAAAAAUUGUGUGGUGUAAUUUUAGAAAAAAAAUUAGAUUUAAGUGAUCAUGCAGAUACCUGUUUAAAUAAAGUAGAUAAAUGUGUUGAUAAAUAUCAUAUUAAUCUUUUUGCAAAAGAUAAUAAAUUAAAAGUUCAACCUGUGCCAACAAAAGAAAAUAACACUAAGAAAUCAGAAGAUUUGGUUAUAGAUGAACUUAUCAAGCAAUUUCGGGAAGGAAAAAUCCCUUGUUUUGGUUCAAAAUUAUCUGGUGUUAUUCAAAAAGAAAAAAUUUAUUUAGACGAAAUUGAUGAAAUGGAUGAAAUCGAUCUGAAUGAGGACAAAAAAUUAAAAUCAGAAGUUUUCCAAGAUAUCAAUUUUAAUGUUGAAAAAAAGCUGUUGACGUGGUUUAAAAAAAGCUUCAAAAAAUCAACUUUUUAAUAUAUUCAGGCAAUCAAUUGAAAAAAAAAUAUGUAUUUGAGAUUUAAAAUAAUUUUGUCUUUUGUAAGUAAAAAUAAGCCCAUAAAUUACUAUUAUUAUUAAACACCUAUUUUGUUUUAUAAAAAGGUAAUUUUAA